AUGGAUGAAAGGCCCGUCUACGAGAGGGCUCUGUCCGAGUCCCAGCUGCUUGAGCAGCUUCCGAGGGAGAUUGCCACUCUCAUUCGGACUGCGUCGGGGACUGAAUACCUCCACGCGCUUGCGCUUGGCGCAUUACAACCGGAAUGUACAGAAAGCGCGUUCAGACUCUACGAACCGAUUUUUGUUGAUCUAGCAGCUCGAUGGCUUCGAUUGGAUACUCCUGCCGAUUCUAUUUCCAUAUUCUUGGCAUUUGCUCGAAUACUCCCAUUUGCGACCCAUUUGCGGCCGUUUGCCAGCCAAUAUGCCUUAUCACAGGCUGGACCUCUAUCGGCUUUGGCUGUGUCGGAGGAACUCUCGUUUCUCAAGCUGAAUAUCCCAAGCGCCCGUGCCUUACUCCUCGCUAUAUUUCGCCUUUUGUCGUUCGACCUUGAAACAUUCUCGAAAGCCGUUUCGCCGCUUCAACUUCAAUCCCUAUUCCAACACCACGACCGAGUUACAAGAUACCUCGCCGUGCGAUGCUUUGCACUAUAUAUGCAUGCUGCGGACGCAGCAACUGAGAAGAUGGUGCGAGUCAAUCUCGGGAAUGAGCCGAUUGCAGGGGAGUGGGAAGGCAUCACAGUUGACUACCGCGUUUUGGGGCUAUGGGAAGAGCGGCGAUGGGAGUCCCUGCAAAAACACAUGCAAAAUGAGAGAUUAUCACGGACAGAGUCGGAAACUUUGGCAUUGAUGAACAGGGCACAAGAAUCCUUCACGGCCAGAACUGCGGCAGUCUGUGGAGUUUUGAUUCCCAGAUUAAAAGAUGCGCCCCCAUCGUCAUUUUCCGUUGUCAAGACACCAACCGCCAUCACAAACUUGCGCAGAAUUGCGACUUCAUUGCUUGGAUUCAAGCCUAUCCUCCUGAUAGGCUUACCAAAUGCCGGGAAGACAUCUUUAAUCAACGAUGUUGCCGCCACCAUGGGCCAAGCCGAAUCCAUGGUUACACUUCAUUUGAAUGAGCAGACGGAUGCCAAGAGUCUGCUUGGCAUGUAUGCCACCUCGUCUGCCACCGGGUCGUUUGCCUGGCAGCCUGGUGUUUUGACCAAGGCUGCAAGGGAAGGCCGCUGGGUCUUGAUUGAAGAUCUGGAUCGAGCUCCAUCUGAGGUCCUCGGUCUCAUUCUUCCAAUCAUUGAGAGGGGGAGUUGA